UAUGAGUUACAAAAUAAUUAAGGUGAUCGAAAUUGAAUACUAGUACAGCCAGAGAGAGCAUGUUGUUAAUUUCUCAAAGGGGCUUUAAUGUAUAUAUUAAAAUAUAAACUACGAGGAGAGUUGAAAUAAAAUGUAAAUUCUUUUGUUGGCGUUUAUGCUACAACCGAAAAUGAACGUUCAUUCUUCUCUAGUUCCUUUCUUAGUGCUCAUUUAAAAAAAUCGAUUGUAAAUCAGACUCUUGAAAAUUUUAGCGCUCUGCGUGGCCAUCGAAAGCUUCUUUGCGGAUUAACGAGUGACUGGAAAAAAUGGUUUUAUACAAACACACUUCGCUGACGUGGGUGCGACUGCUGCUCUUCUUACGGUGGCUUCUGCUGGUCCAAUGCAAAGGCAUGGCCGUGAACGGAGCCCCAGGCCCCAACAGCCUGCUCAUGGGUAGCAGGUUCACAGGUCAGGCUCGGACCAACGACUCGCAGUACCGCUUGUUCCUGCAGGGCAACCACACCGAGGUUGAGGCACAGGUCGGGGCCACUGCGCAGCUACACUGUACCCUCACCGGCGCCCUGGCUGAGGGCAUGGUAUCUUGGGUGCGACGAAGAGACUACCACUUGCUGACCGUAGGCCGUCACGUGUACACGUCUGACGACCGCGUGGCCGUGAAGGUAGCGCCUGACGCCAGCGACUGGAUCCUGACACUGCGCUGGGUCCAGCAGACUGACGCCGGCCAGUACGAGUGUCAGGUCUCGUCUCACCCGCCACAAGCACUCAUGGUUAAUCUUAAAGUUAAAGAGGCUUGGGCUGUGAUCAAGGGCGAGUCUGAGCGCUACAUUCACAGCGGCUCUUCCUUGCGACUUGUCUGUGUCCUUAAAGACAUAACUGAGCCGCCGUCUUACGUCUUCUGGUUCAGGGAGGACAGAAUGAUUAAUUACGAUACAGAGGCGGGCGUGACGGUCGAGACGUUGAAAGGCUCGUCAAUUCUGUCAGUGAGCUCAGUGACCAAGAGGGACGAAGGCAACUACCGCUGCGUCGCCUCCAACACGUCCCCAGCCUCCGUCACCGUACACGUCGUCCAGAAAGAAAACCCUGCAGGCCUACAGCAAGAAACUGUGGCAGAAAAAGAUGGAAUCCCAAUUUCCAAAACUGACGUGAAAAUCUCUUCUAAUUUAUCAAAUUUAACUUUGCAACGCAAGAAAAUGAAGAGCUCAAGGAAACCCAGCAACGUGGUCCCGGUUUCCAGCUCGGCCGCUCAGCAUGGAGGAGCCAUGCAGACUUUUUUCCAUUGGCUGCCCGGCCAAAAUUUGAUCUUAAUUGGAAGGGAAGUUCAACUGCAAGUACAGGAAGAAAAAGGGCUAUCUUUAAGGAGGGAUUCGAAUUACCGUGAGACUAGUCCUAGCAGAUGCGAGUCUUAUUUGCACAUGACGGAGUGGUUUCGCAAAGUAUUUUUGUUCACAAUUGCUGUUGUAUUUCUCUCCGUGUUAUUUCAUAUGAGAGUGAUUCGCUUUAAUUUCUUAUUUCCCGAUCGAAGCCUGAUCGCAAAUCACAGUCUGGAAGCUCUACAAGCUGGAAUUUUUUCUGAACAACGCAGAUGAUUUGCAGCGCAAGGCACAUAAAGCAUAUCAACCACGAGAAAAAGUUUGACUUCAGGAAAUCAAACAGGGACGCUGUCCUACAUUUCUGGGCAUUGAUCGAUGGGUAUUAUAAGGUCUAGGAUAUAUUACGCAUAAUUCAGGAAUUUACUGUAAUAAACUUACAAACUUCAGAUAAAAUAAUUGCAGUAUACCUCAUAGGAAAGUCCUGCAUAAAUAACUUGUAUGGUAUAUGAAGGAAAACUGAGCUUUGAAAUUCAGUCGGAAAAAUGGUAGCAAAUAGCUGUGGAUUACCAAUUAUAUCCUGUCAUCCCAUAUAUUCACAAAUACGUUUGCUGAAAUGAAAUCGAUUCACCCAAUAUAGUGAUGGUUUCUAUAGAGGCGUGAAUGCCUGCUUUAUUUUUUUAACACUUAAGAUGGCGGGCUGUAUUACGUAUCAUCGGAUAUGUGCUUCAAAUUGUCGGGUAAUUAAAUUUAAGAAGUAAGAGAAGUUGUUUCCCAUUGCAGCAUAAGAAUAUCCAGUAUUCAGAACUUAGGAUUAAAUUACAUUUCGAUUUAUGUGUAGCAAAUUUUGGAUGAUGUAUAAGCACUAAUUAUCUCUGAUGCAUGAAAAUUUAAAUAACGAAGUUUAGCCAUAAUUUCAUUCAAAAAUGUGUGUAAUUGCUGGCAACGAUUUUUAGAUUCAUAUCGAUUUGUUUUGGCGAAUGAAACCUAUCAUUUAAAACCAGAAGCAUAUCCUUGUAAUAAAAAGCCUAUUACAAAUAUUAUAUUUGUAAGCAUAAAUGUUAUACAUGUUAAUCCCUUUUUUAGGUUCGCAUUAAAAUCUAACGAUUGAGGAGAGCUACAUGUUAAUUGAUGUAUAUAGACAGUUUUCCUGUAAAUCUAUGUCAAUGGAUGUUAAACAAUAUUUUUUGACAAUAAAAACCUCAG